AUGCCAGCAACACACACAAGGUCGUCGACGGGCUUGGUGCUCCUUCCGAGGUGGUUCUUGGUGCCGAUGACGCCAGGCAGUCAGUCCAAGCACAGCAGGGCUAAAUAUGGAGAGGUCUGGUCCAAGUAUCGUUUUGAGCACAAAGUUUCGGGGCAGCCGGAAGAGUGCCAUACUAUCAGACCAGACCUUGGUACCUUGGUACGCAGCCACUUCCACAUCUGCUGGCGACAAUCGUCUUUUUCAUCAAACCUGAUGUCUGCUCAAUUGAUCGAAACAGUGGGUCGUAUUAGGUUAUCUGAACUCAUCUCGGCUCCGGCCUGGUCCAUCCAAAGUCAGAGAGUCGGCUCGCCACUCCCCGUUGCCAGUUCCAGCUUCUCCAGGCGCCAAGCCGUUCGUCGAUACCAAAGCUGA